CUUGAAAUGAGGGGCCGGACUGAGCGGCGCCUCCUCCGAGCUGCGGUGAAUGGCGUGACGUCACGUGGGGUAUAUAAAGCCCGCCACGAGCCUCGGCUUCAGUGGACAGCUCCGUGGUGCUGAACCUCCCAUCGCAACCUCUCCUCGCCAGCGCAGACACGAGUGGAAUCAUGAAGGGACUCCAGUGGAAAGUCCUUCUUCUCUUAUGCCUGGCGGAGAGCUCGGCGCAAGACUUGGGACAGACGCAGUUCAUUUGCACGUCGGUGCCCAAGGACGUGGACUUGUGCGCGGCCACCAUGCAGAACAGCGGGCCGGCGGAGGACCUGAAGACGACGGUCAUGCAGCUGCGAGAGACGGUGCUGCAGCAAAAGGAGACCAUCAUGAACCAGAAGGAGACAAUCCGGGAGCUAACUUCCAAGUUGAGUCGCUGCGAGAGUCAGAGCUUCCCGGCGGCGGGGGGGCCCGGCGGGAAGCGGCCGGGGGCUAAGAACACAAUGGGGGAUUUAUCCCGGAAUACCGCGGAGACCCUGGCCCAGCUGGGACACACUUUACAGACUCUCAAACAGAGACUGGAGAACCUGGAGCACUACAGCCGAGGGAAUAACACCGUGCAAGCCAACAGUCUGAAGGAUCUGCUUCAGAACAAGAUAGACGACAUGGAGAAGCAGGUUCUGUCCCGGGUCAACACGUUGGAGGAAGCCAAGAGCGGCUCCAGGAAUGAGAGCGAGCAGCGGAACCGAGUGGAGUCCACGCUCACCUCCCUGCAUCACCGCAUCACCGACCUGGAGAAAGGCAAAGACAGACCAUCUGAUCGGUUUCAGCUGACAUUCCCCCUGAGAACCAACUACAUGUACGCCAAAGCCAAGAGGAGCCUGCCUGAGAUGUACUCCUUCACCGUGUGUCUGUGGAUCAAAUCCAAUGCCUCGCCAGGGGUGGGAACACCCUUCUCGUACGCCGUCCCCGGUCAGGCCAAUGAGCUGGUGCUGAUCGAAUGGGGGAACAACCCCAUGGAGUUCCUCAUUAAUGACAAGGUUGCAAAGCUGCCGUUCCUCAUCAAUGACGGCAAAUGGCAUCAUCUCUGCAUCACAUGGACCACACGAGACGGGAUGUGGGAGGCCUUCCAGGAUGGCGUGAUGAGGGGAAAUGGGGAGAAUCUGGCACCGUAUCACCCCAUCAAACCAGAGGGGGUGCUGGUCCUGGGACAAGAGCAGGACAUACUGGGAGGAGGCUUUGAUGCAACACAAGCCUUCGUGGGCGAGCUAGCAAACCUAAACAUCUGGAAUAGGAAGCUGUCCAUCACCGAAAUCUACAACCUGGCAACUUGCAACAGCAAAGCGCCGACUGGCAACGUCUUUUCUUGGAUGGAGAGCAACAUCGAAAUAUUUGGCGGAGCAACCAAAUGGUCUUUUGAGCCUUGUCGUUCGGGCAACUGAACUGCAUUUUGAGAAGAAAAGGCCUCCGUGUUUCUGAGCUUUUGUCGUUCUUGUCUUCAUUUGAUGUUUGUUUAGAGGCCAGUUGAUCUUGACUUGAGUUGUAAAGCUUAAAUCUGGGAUUUCUACCAUUUAUGUGCUGAACAACAGUUAAAAAAUCCAUUCGGUUCAAUUGAAAGCACAACUUAGCUUUUUUGGUUUUGGCUUCUUCUUCUUCUUCUUCUUCUUCUGCUGGAAAUGUGCACCCCGUGUCUGGACACGUCACCAUCCGAGCCAGGAUGACAUGACCACUCCCACCCGGUUCUCUUUAGACAGGAACUGUUGUCAAGUCUUGUCAGUGGUUGAUGCUGAGAAGAGAAGUCUUGCGUGAUAACGCUUCCUCUUCCUCCUCCUCCUCCUCCUCGUCCUCCUCCUUUACGCUGUCCGGCUUAUCCGGAACUUGCACUGUGAUGGACGGAGAGACUGGAAGGAGAGGAGGGCAUGAGCGGCCAUGAAAAGUGGCUUCCUGUUUGUCGUUUGCUUCAAGUCUUUCUGUAACUCGCCAACUUUGUCACAAAGCCUGGGUGCCUUGGGCCGCUACAAAUAGUCAGCAGAUUCCGUGUUUAUGGCUUUUUGUUCUCCUCUUCUCCAGCUGGGUUACGUUCAUUGUUUGGGAUCGUCAUCGGACAUGUUUUGGCAGGUGUUUGUACUGCUCUGUAUUAGGAAUGUUACAGUAUCUGUAUAGUAACAGCAUGAACGACAGAGUGCUGUGAAAGCAUUGUGGAAAUCUGCUUUACUAUCUUUUCUGGGCGUGGGUUUUUUACUGCAUUGUUAUAUGCUCCAAGCAUGGCAAAUAUGACAGAUGAACAAUUUAAUUUUUCUAAUAAAAUUGUGAUACUUAAUGUCACCGUGCAUUGGUCUUGUGUGUGGUUACACCAUAUGCUCAU